CGGGUUUCUUAUUGCAGUGGUCACGUUUCUCUUUCUAUUUUACCGAUGUCCUGACGGCAGCGCUGCAGAAAUGCUGCUGAAGGAUCUCCCCAGAGACGCUCUGCUCCGGCCGCUGAGCAGGAGUGAAGUGCUGGGCAUGCUGGUCCGGCUGACCAUCUUCGGUGCUGCUACGUACUACAGCAUCAAGUGGGUGGUGGAGGCCAUGGAUCCCACCGCUAAACAGAAAAACCAGUCCAAGAAAAGGGCAGAACAGCUGAUGAAGAGAAUCGGAGUGGAAGGAGUCAAACUGACGGACUAUGAAUUGAACAUCGCGUCUCAUCUAGUUGAUCCACACACGAUUAAGGUUUCCUGGAGAGAUAUCGCCGGUCUGGAGGAGCUGAUCAACGAGCUGCAGGACACGGUCAUCUUACCGUUCCAGAAAAGACACCUCCUGCCCGGAUCCAAACUCUUCCAGCCUCCUAAAGGAGUUUUAUUAUUUGGUCCUCCGGGCUGUGGGAAGACCAUGAUCGCCAAGGCAACAGCCAAAGCCUCGGGAUGCAAGUUUAUAAACCUCCAGGCCUCCAUGCUCACCGACAUGUGGUACGGAGAAUCCCAGAAGCUGACGGCUGCAGUUUUCUCUCUAGCCGUCAAAAUCCAGCCGUGCAUCGUCUUCAUCGAUGAGAUUGAUUCAUUCCUGAGGAAUCGCUCCAGCCUGGACCACGAGGCCACGGCCAUGAUGAAGGCCCAGUUCAUGAGUCUGUGGGACGGCCUGGAAACCUCUUCAACCACACAGGUGAUGGUGAUGGGAGCGACGAACCGGCCGCAGGACGUGGAUCCAGCCAUCCUGCGCAGGAUGCCGGCCACCUUUUACGUUGGCCUGCCAAACCCGAGGCAAAGGCACGACAUCCUGAGGCUGAUUUUAGCCGGAGAAAAUCUGAGCAACGCCAUUAACCUGAAGGAGAUCGCCGAGAAGACGGACGGAUACUCGGGCAGCGACCUCAGGGAGCUCUGCCGCGACGCCGCCAUGUACCGAGUCCGGGACUACGUACGCAAGGAGCAGAUGAGGCAGAUCGCUCAGCAGCUGCAGGAGGACGAGGACGAGGAAAACCCCGUGGACGAGGACUGGUUCCGACCGGUCACCCAGCUGGACCUCCUGUUUGGACUGGAGAAGAUGAAGGAAGCCAAGCAGGUGACGGCUGCCGUGUUACCGCCGGUACCAGCGGAGGUUCCUCUGGACUGAACACUUCCUUCUCCUCCUCCUUCACUCGUCUUCUCUCCCAUUCCUCAAUGUUUUGUUUUCCAUCAACCUGCCCAGCAGGAACUCUGCCAAAUCAUGAGAUUUGUAGCUGAGUGUUCUGAAACUUGUUCGUCUGAGAAGCUUCCAUUUAUCCAAAGCCCUUCACAUGUACAGGUGCAACAUUUGAGACUUUUGCCAUUCAGACUUGCUCCGUCUGAGAAACUCCAACUGCAAUAAGGGUUAGUUUGAUUUCCACAUGUUCAUGACCAGCCAGGACUUUGGGGACUCCUGAUCAGUGUAUCCACUUUCUUUUAUAAGGGUUUCAGAUCUCUGUAAAAUGUUUGGGCUAAACCAGGGGUCGGCAACCCGCGGCUCUUUAGCGCCGCCCUAGUGGCUCCUGGAGCUUUUUCAAAAAUCUUUGACCUUUUUUUUUCUUUUUUCCCUUUUUUCUUUUUUUUUCUUUUUUUCUCUUUUUCUUCCUUUUUCCUUUCCCUUUUAAUCUCAAUAUUUUUACUUUUUUCUCGAAAUUUUGACUUUUCUUGACAUUUCGACUUUUGUCUCAAGAUUCUACUUCAACAUUAAUCUUGACAUUUCGACUUUUUUCUCGAAGUGCAUAAUGAAAAAAGAAAUCUUCCCCCAGUUAUAACUAAUAUAAAAACAUGCAGCAUGUGUUGUCUUCAUUCUAAGGCUUAUACAAGACUUUUCAUCUUUUGUGGCUCCAGGCAUAUUUGUUUUUUGUGUUUUUGGUCCAAUAUGGCUCUAAAACAUUUUGGGUUGCCGACCCCUGAACUAAACCAUUUCAUUAGGGUUGUAGUCCCGGCGCCGUGGACGAGAUCAUCAUGGUGCUCCCUGUAUGUGUGACACCAAAAAAUCUUUACCGAGGAACAAAGAACCCAGCAAAAACUCCGUUUUAGUUUGAGAUUUAAGAAUUGAUGUGCUUUUUUUUUAAGUUAGUUGCAGGUUUCCUUCAAUUUCAUAACUUUUUUUUUUUUAUUCUUUUUUUCAAAGCUCUUUAGAUCAAAACUUCAGACCGCUGUUUCUUCUGUGAUACAGUGCUAGUGUUUAGACUUUGUUUUUUGGUUUAACAGUGGAUUAAUUUAAUCUUCCAGAGCUGGUCUACACUGACUGCGUUUACAUGCAGUCAAUAAUCCUUUUAAAACCCAAAUUUGCAUGGCCAUGUAAACACCAAUAACCCCUUUGAAUAACCCGAAUUUGCUCAUAUUCUGGUUUUUAAAAACCCCAAUAUGACCCCUGGGUUACUCCUUUUAAAACCCGAAUAUUGGGUCAUGUAAACGCCUAACGGAACAUGAAUUUGUUUUCUGCACAUGCUCUGUUCACAAGGAAUCCUGGUCUUUUGAGUCCAGGAAGUUCUUAUAAACACGGAGAAACACAAGACCAGGAGGAGACUAAUCACUUCAUAAAUGUAAUGAAGGAUAUGAACAUUUCUGCAUUUGUAGACGGUAGAAAGUACCGGGAUAGCCAGAUUUACAAGAAGGUGAGAGAAAAGUUGCGCGAAGCAGCAUUUGUUUUGAAUUUGGAUACAGGAAGAAGAAGCGGAAAUGACGGUAAUUGCGUCAUGAUGUUCUCCGUGCGUUGCUGGUUUGAUCCAGAUAUCCCAAAUGAUUAAUCACCAUGUAAACGGAAUAUUCCCAAUGUUUCAGUAACCGGAAUAUUAGCAAUAACCCGUAUUCUGACUGCAUGUAAACGUAGUCAAUGUUGUCCAUUACGUCCUUGCUGUUCAGAUUUCUCACUCAAUGGAAAAUUGUAAACCUGCAUGAUUUACUCAACGUCCAUAAUCCCUGCUCCCACGGAGCAUCAUCACCGUUAUUUCUUUUGAAAUAAUGAUGACAUAAAACAAAUAUAUAUACACAGUCAAUGUUUAAUAGUGGUAGAUUAUUCAGAUCAAAUCUCCAGUGUAUGAAAAAGGAGAUCAGAUGCAGCUGAAAUAAAAUAUUUGCACUCGUUUUCAGUUUUAGUCAUGAAAUCAUUUGCAGCUUAAGUCGUCGCCGAGUGGAGUUGCAGUUCAGGCUGUUUGCAGUUAAUUUGUGAGGGAAUAAGUCUCCCAAAACAAAAUUCACGAAAAUAUCCAUCCUGUGUUGUUUGAGGAGAGUAAAACCCUGGAAAAAAACCUACGGCCGGUGUCGUAUCCGGGAGAGAUGGAACUGCCGGGUUUUAUCCUGAAAAGUAGUCGGGAGAGUGUAGCUGAUACCGCGUCUUGUCUUGUCUUGUUAAAAUGCCUGUCAUGUUCACUUUCUUUGAAUUUUAUGUUAUCAUCAUCAUCAUCAUCAUCAUCAUCAUCAUCAGCAUCAUCAGCGAGUCCGCCUGGUUUUGCCUUCAGUGUUUUUAUGGGUUUAUUGUAAUUGCUGCCACUGCAACACGUACAUGGUGAAUUCAUUUUUCUUGAAGGAGAUCAUGGUUUUUAAGUCUUGUCCAUUAUACUGUCGUGUCUGUCCAUGUGGUGGCGCUGCCGCUUCUCCAUCUUCCCCCUAAGCACUUGUUGCAGCUUUUAUUUAAAGCCCUUUUUAUUUCAUUAUGUUUAAAACACAAGAACUUGUGUAGCUUUUCUUUUUUUCUCUCCUUUUAUUGGGUUAUCAAGUCAAGUUUAGACGUCUGACGCUCGUCAUUCCAGUCCCUGGGGUGAUGGUUAAAGGUCCAGCCGUUGCCAUGGAAACCAGAGAACAGCAAACGCAAUAUCACCAAUCACGCUGCGCCCGUUUGUAACAAUCAACCUGUCAAAAUGUCUGUUGAAUGUGAAAUGUAAGACGUUCUGUAAAGUGUAAUUUAUUAAAAUACAUCCAAGCAUACAUGCUCCUUUUUUUUCUCU